GGCAGACCAGUCCAGUUAUAGUAACUGUCAGUGAACAGUUAGUACCAGUUAGUAUGGUGCCAUUUCCAUCAGUGACAUUGUGUCCGCAAUCAAAGUGUAAAGUGUCAGUCUACAAUUUCACCAAAACGAAUAUACAACUGGAUAAAUUAAAUUAUCAUUAUAGGCUCAAUGGGAGCAUUUUAAAUGAAACAAUGAUAAAAGAAAUUACAAAGUUUUAUGGGAUAUCACAAAUAUGUGAUGCUUUCGACCCCUCUUAUGUCUUAGAAGAGAAAUAUCGUUACACUGAUUCUUCUAUUGUCGAAGAUUUCUUGGAGAUCUCUCCUGACUACGAGGAUGUAUUUUCUGCCUGUAAACUAAAUGGAAACUAUACAAGUUGUACAGAACUUUUUGACAAGGUGGUCACCGGCGAAGGGAUCUGUUACACAAUGAAUUCUCUUGCUGCCGCCGAUAUUCUUCGGACUGAGAAAUUACAGAAAGACUAUCUAUAUUUGAAUUCAUCGAAAAAAAUAAAAGGUUGGUCUCUCGAAUAUGGCUACUCGUACGAAAAUUCUACUGAUCGUCUAAACCCAUCGACAUCGUAUUAUCCGAUGCCAGGAAUGCCAAACAGAGCAUCACCGGAUGUGGAAAUAGUACUACGAGAAUAUCAUAUUCGUGACAAACUCUGCAAUGCCAUUAGAUCUGGUUUUAAGGUAUAUAUUCAACAUCCAGCUGACCUGCCUCAGUCUUCGCUGUACUACUACGCUGUUCUUAAUUCUCAAGUCUCCUCAAUGGCACUUAGUUUCAGUAUCCUGAACAGUUCAGAUAGACUGAGGAGUUAUGAUGCAGAAGUGCGUCAAUGUUAUUUCCCUGAUGAAAGGUACUUAAGAUAUUUUAAAAUAUACACUGCGAGCAACUGCAUGAUUGAAUGCUUGUCUAACAUCACUUAUGAAAAAUGUGGCUGUGUGGAGUUCUAUAUGCCACAUUCAAGUAGUAAACAAAUUUGCACCCAGUUGCAUGCUGAUUGUAUUAAAAUGGCAAGAGAAAUUAUGCUUCACCGAGAAUCGUCCCAAGGAGAUUACGUGUGUCACUGCUUACCAUCAUGCAACUCAGUUGACUAUGAUGCAGAAAUAUUGAAAACUGAUUAUAAUCUACAGAAAUUAAUCGGGACUUAUGAUGCGAUAUAUAAACUUCCUGAUAAAGAAACACUGAAUAGUUAUAAUUACUCCAAAUUGGAGAUAUACUUCAAGAAGCCAAGAUUCCUGUCGAUGCGUCGCUCGGAGUUGUUUGGCAUAAUUGAUUUCCUUUCCAACUGCGGUGGUCUUCUCGGCUUGUGCUUAGGAUUCUCAUUCCUCAGUUUGAUGGAGAUUGUAUAUUUCCUCACUUUAAGGUUAUGUUGCACAUUGAAGAAGGAUUUGGAAGAAGAAAAAAAUGAAAGAAUGCAAGGGAAAGAAAUUCACGUGGAGAAAUAUUAGUAUAAUUAUAGAUUUAGUACAAAUAUUCAGGAAAUUAUGACUGUACAUUAUG